AUUGUUGAGUUCCGAUACCACUUUCCAGCGUUCCAGUAUAGCUACCUUGUUGCAUGAUCCUGUCUGUACCUGACCGCCGAUUCUUGCCUGCACCCUGUCUGUACCUACGCCUGGAGAUCUUGAAACCAGCUUCCGUCAUGACUAAGGACACAGAGGUGGACAUGAAGGACGUGGAGCUGAACGAGAUGGACCCCGAGAAGCAGCCCAUGACGGCCGACGCUCAGGUAGCCGUCGGGGAGAAGAACGGCAGCGUCAAGCUGAAGGUCCCCGAGGAUGAGGUUGCGUUCACGGGCCUGUCCAAGGAGGAGCUGAUGAAGGUGGCAGGAACUCCAGGGUGGGUGCGGACCCGCUGGAUGCUCCUGGUGCUGUUCUGGCUGGGCUGGGUUGGCACGCUGGUCGCGGCCAUUGUGAUAAUUGUCAAGGACCCUCGAUGCAAAUCGCUUCCUGAGAUGAACUGGUGGAACGAUGGCCCUCUGUACCAGAUCCCCGACGUGGACGCUUUCUGUGGUGGAUUGGCAGGCCUUGAGCAAAAGCUAGAUGACAUCGGCCAGUUAAAGGUCAAAGGUCUGCUCCUGGGACCUCUACAUACUGUGCGGGAAAACCAGCAGAGCCCCCUGAAUCUUAAGGAGAUCGACCCAGCUGUUGGAGGAAAGGAAGAUCUCAAAUCUGUGCUGAAGAAGGCCAACAACAAGGGUAUUAAGGUGGUGCUUGACCUGACUCCAAACUACAAGGGAAGCAAUCCAUGGUUCAGCUCUGGAGAUAUUGGUUCUGUGUUGGAGCAAGUCAAGGCUGCAGCAGAGCACUGGCUGGAAUUUGGUGUUAGUGGCUUUAAGCUGUCUGGCUUCAACGUUGCUUCGAACUCCCCUCACUGGUCCCACCUGCAGACUGUAGUCCAGGGCAACCACACCAAGGGCACCAGCAAAAGGUUGCUGAUGGGUGUGGUUGAACAUAAAUCAGCUGCAUCAGUGCAUCAGCUCCUCAACACCACUGGCAUACCUCUCAUUCUGUCUGACCUGCUCAGCAGCAGAACUGGAGGGGAACGUAUCAGGGCCAUGGACCACCUUCACGCUCAGCAGAGACAGGUGGGCUGGGGUCUCGGCGCCAUCCAACAGGACCAGCUGUCUAAACAAGCAACGGGUCCAGCCCUGAUCCGUCUGUACCAACUCCUGCUGCUCACCAUGCCUGGAACCCCGGUGUUCACCUAUGGAGACGAGAUCGGCCUUGAGGGGAAUCAGAAACAUCCUAAAAUGGUUUGGAACGUAGAGACGGAAGCAGCUCACAAUAAAUCUUUGGAGGAGUACGCUGCCACCAGGAAGUGGUUCAAAGGCCUCAGCGACCUGCGAGGCAAAGAGCGCUCUCUGCUCCACGGCGACUACUACCCUCUGUACGCCUCCAACUCCUCCCUCUCUUUCCUCCGCGUGUGGGACCAGAGUGAGAGAUACAUAACGGCCGUCAACUGGGGAGCAGAGAAACAGACGCUCAAGCUCAACCUGACGACGACAGAGGGAGUAGAGCUGCCCAAGACGGCCAAGGUGAAGCUGUCAACGGACUCGAAGCUGCAGGCAGAAUCCACCGUCAGCCUGGACAGCAUGGAGCUGGAGCCUGGACAAGCCGUCCUGCUGCAGUUCCCCUACACGGGCUGAAGAUGGCGCCACACUAAAGUCUAGCUUUAGAACAAUCAAAUCACUUCUCCUCAUAGGGUUUGGAGGUUCUAAAACUCAGUGCUGCACUGUGCUUCCCGAUUCCCAUACACUUGCACCACUGGCGCAGUGGUUAGUGCAUUGCGCUGCUGAUGCCAAGGUUUUAAUCUAAUCUAGCCAAAGGAGUUAAAAGCCAGCUGUUGUGACAGCAAACCCUGACAGUGCAGACCAAACU